AUGGCUAGUAGUCGUGCGGGUGGUAGUGGCGGGGGCGCUAGUGAUAGUGAUAGUGAUAGUGAUAGUGAGAAUGAAUUGAAUAGAGAAGAUACGAGUAUUUCGGACAGGGAGGAUGCGCCUGGCAAACCCGGACACACGCCCUUACUGAAGUCCACUGCCGCAAUCAGGCAAUUGGCGUACGGAGGCCUGGCCGACAUGUUCGACGAGUACCUCCACAUUGGCGAGUCGUCAGCCAUCGAGUGUCUGCAGAACUUUUGCGCGGGCAUUAGAGCGAUAUUCGAGGAUUGCUAUCUUCGGAGUCCGAGCCCCGAAAACUGCCAGCAGCUGAUAAAUAUGCACGGGUCGGUGCACGGGUUCCCUGGGAUGUUGGGCAGCAAAGAUUGUAUGCAUUUGGAGUGGAAGAACUGCCCCGCCGCCUGGAAGGGGAUGCACACUUCCGGCUUCAAAGCCAAGCAUCACACGAUGAUCCUUGAAGCUACGAUCAAGCAUGCGAUCGGACAAAAGAAGUCCUACUUUGCGAGCCGUCAGGAGGCAGCGCACAAAGAUGUUGAGCGGGCAUUUGGUGUGCUUCAGAGUCGAUGGGCGAUGGUGAAGGGUCCUUCACGGAUGUGGUAUAUUCCCAACAUCGACGACAUCAUGUACGCAUGUAUCAUUUUACACAACAUGAUUGUCGAAAGUGAAGGUGACGAACUGACUCAGUGGACCAACGAAGAUGAUACGGGUGUCGGUCCAAGCCACGUCGUGGCCAGCGCGAAUGUGAACAUGGGGGUACCUCAUGGAGAGGUUGAGCGGUUGCGCGCAUUUGCCGACAUGCGAUUGCCUGGAGAAGUGCUGGUUCCAACUGUUUUUUCUGAUUAA